UUUUUAUAUAUUAUAUUUUUUCUAAUAAUUUAAAUAAAAAUUAAUUCAUUAAUUCACAAAAAAAAUCAUGCGAAUAAAUCUUUCGUUGAUAUACUUUUCAAUUAUUUUAUUAAUUCCGUUAGCCUCAGCUCAGUUUUCUUUAGAAUGUUUAACAGAAGAUUUACCAAAAUCAGUUGCGUAUACAUUAAAAACAUCUGAUGGGAUGACAAUUUCCGUUGAAGAGAGAGGAGAUAUUUCAAAACCAACAAUAAUUUUUACACAUGGAUUUUUUUCAAAUAAGUUGGCAUGGGAGCCUACGUUCACAUCACCUGAUAUGUCUGAAAAAUAUCAUUUAGUAAGAUGGGAUUUACGUGGAAUGGGAGAUAGUAGUAAAGAUAGUGAUACAGAUAAAUAUAAUGAUAUAGAAUUAUAUGCUGAAGAUAUUAAAUUAAUAGUGGAUAAUAUUAAAGAAAAAAAAGGAAAAGGAAAAAAGGAUAAUCCAAAAAUUAUUUUGGUCACUUGGAGCACAGGAUCUAUUGUUUCUUUAUCAUAUUUUAAUAUUACAGGAGAAACAAAUGUUGAUGGUUAUGUUAGUGUUGGAAAUAAUUUUAUAAGUUUUCAAAAUGAUAAUGUUUUUACUGAAUAUAGUAAACUUACUAUUGGUAGUAUUGUCACCAGUCAUACUUAUAUACUCAUCUUGGAUUCACUUAAUAAUUUGAUAAAAAGUUUUACUUCUCCUAAUAAUCAAUUUCCACAGUCAACUAUGAAUUUUUUUUUAGGAAGUGCUGCUUAUUCUCCUUCCGAAUCUCGUUCAGCUUAUGGAGAUUUUAAUUAUGAUUAUACGGAAACAUUUAAAAGUCUCUUAAUUCCAACAUUAAAUAUUUAUGGAAAUGAUGAUAAAGUUGUUAAUCCUGUGCAUAGUCAAACAAUCGCUAAUUUAAGACCUGUUGAUGGAUUAAAUCAUAUUUUGGCUUAUGAUGGUGUUGGUCAUGUUCCUAUGUGGGAAAAUCCUAAAAAAUUUGAAAUUGAUUUAGAUAAUUGGAUAAAAGAUUCUGUUCUUAAUCCAAAACAUCAAAAAGCGCCAAAAGCGCCAAAAGUACCAACACCACCACAAUCACCACCACCACCACCGCCACCACAACCACCACAAUAACCGCAGCAAAAUCUAAAAUUACGUAUAUAAAAUUAAUAUAACAUAGUUUGUAAAUUUAUUAAUAGAAUAUACACACACAUAUAUUUUUUCUUUUUUUAUUGAUGGGGCAUUGGGCA